UAAUGCACAUGGCUUUUUGUGAGGAUUGCCCCAGCUUAGGGAUAAGAGCCCUUUGCUGAUUGGUCAUACCGAAAGCAUGCCACUUGCCCAGCUCAACAGGUUGCUUGCAUGCAAUUACACCUGUCCAACGAUGGAUUUCAAGGAGAAGAAUUUCCGGCUGGUCGUUGUCAUGACCGUGCCACAGUGUGGCCUCUUUUAGGAUGUAAAUGGUGAGGAAGCUGUACUGUCGACUAAAUGUGAGGGCAGCGGCUGCGGGAACUCAUCAUGGUGCUUUACAAAGGACCGCGGCUGUUGGACUUUGCAAAGACCCCUACACACCUUCAGUUCAACAAAUAUGUCCUGACAGGUUACCGGCCGGUAUCCACGGCGCAAGAGUGCCUCAGGAGCCUCUUCUACAUGCACAAUGAACUGGGGAACAUUUACACUCAUGGAGCACUCCCCAUCAUCCACAUCACCCUUCUUUGCUACCCGGCCAUAAGAAGGGCUGCCUUGCUGGCCUACAUCCUCCUAUCAGCCCACGGCAUCUACUAUGCCACCACGGCCCGUUCUAACAUUCACCGCCUGCGAGCUUUCAUCUGGCAGGGCCUGUUCCGCUUCAGCCUCUUCCUGUUCCGGGUGUACGGCAGCGGGGUGGGCAGCCCAAACUCCCUGCGCCUCUUUGUCAUCAUGGACUGUCUGGCUGUUAUAGGAGGGCUGGUCAACAUAAUCCAGAUCCCUGAGCGCUUCAUCCCAGGCUUCUUUGACAACUGGGGCAACAGCCACCAGAUCAUGCAUGUCAUGGUUAUUUGCUCAAUUAUCUACCUGCACUGGGGCACGCUGGAGGAUUUAGACUGGAUUAAGACCUACCAGUGUAAUGCUGAGUGAUACCAGGUGUAUCAUGUACGCACAUGCAUGCACU